GGCCCCUUGUCGACCUCGGCUCAAUUUAAAUUUCGCGGCCAUUUUCAAUCUUCUUCAAGAAGAUCUUGAGAAAACCAUGGCAGAAGGAACAGCAACUUGGUGCCUCAGGAAAGUCACAGGGAGUGACCAAAAAUACGGCUUGAUUCCUUUGAAGAAUGGAGAAGAGGUAACUGUUGGAAGAGGGAUGGAUGUGAGCAUUCAGUUGCUAGCGUCACAGAACAAUCUAUUCCUCUCAAGAAAGCACUGUACCUUCAAACAAGUGGAAGAUGGAGGAUGGACAGUGAUUGAUAACAAGAGCCUGAAUGGUGUUCGGAUUAAUGACAAUCGGGUAAAACCAAUGGAGCCGGCAAACCUGAGAAUUGGUGAUAAAUUAGAGUUGGGUCAAGCAAACAAAGGACAAAUGAACGAGUUUAUCUUCACAGUGUGCUGCAUAGACCAUUCCGCAGAGGAAGUGGACAAACUCCUGAGAGCUUGGAAAAGAAGGGCCGAAAAAAUCAAGCUCAAGUUGGCGGCAAAAUCUUCUCAACCCAUGGACAGCGAAAACAGUGUAAAGUCCGAUUCUCAGUCGGGUAGUCUUGGCUGUUCAUCAUCGGGUGAUAGAAAACGAAAAGAAAGAGAUGAACAUAAUGUUAGAAGUAGUGCAUUCAAUGAACCUUCCACCUCAUCUGAUGUAAAGAGGACUAGACUUUCUCUAGAUGGUAAUCUUAAGAACUCUGGAUUUAGGCAGCUCAUGGAGGAGGUAGGGGCCAACAUGACAGCUGAAGAAUUGAAAGCAAUAACAGAACUCUUAGCAGAGAAGAAAGGAGAGAACAAGGGAGAGAGUGUGCUUGAAAGACUUCGAUCGACGGUGAAGAAGCAGGAGGAGGUGGAGGAGAAGAAUGCCAAGCUUGAGGUUGAAUACAAGACCAGGGUGGAAGAGAAGGAAGAGGAACUGAGGCAAAAGGACAAAGAGCUUGUAGAGCAAAAAAGACUUCAAGAAGAAGCAGUAGAAAUGCAAAAGAGACUCUUAGAGGAGAAGGAAGAAGCGUUGGCAAAGAUGAAACGUGAGAUGGAGGAGGUGUUGGAAAAGCAGGUCAAGGAGAAAGAGACAGCUCUAAUGGAACAGCUCAAACAACAACGAGAAGAACUCAAACAUGAGAAAGAAAAGGUGGACAAUAGUCUUCAGGAGUUCAGCAAACAGUUGGCUGAGAAGGACAGGAACAUGAAGGAAGAACAAGAGGAAAUGCAAAGGAAAUUAGAAGAAGCCAUCAGAGAGAAAGAGGCACAGAUGUUGGCUCAGCUGGAAGCAGAGAAACAAGCUCUGAUUGAUGAGAAACAAAAAGUUGAAGAAAAGCUUCAAACAGCAUUAGAGAAGGACAAGGGGCUGGAGGAAGAGAAACAAAGAUUAGAUGACAUCAUUCAGCAAAAAGAAAAAGAAAAGACAGACAUGGAAGAUGAGAUGGAAGCCAGCCGCUUAGAACGAGAGGAAGAGGAAAAAGUGAAGAUAGAAAAUGCGAAAAGGUCUGCUCUUGAUGACUUUACCAUCGUCAUGGAGAAUGAAUUCCAAUGCAGUAUUUGCUCAGAACUCUUCAUUCAGGCGACAACACUGAACUGUUCUCAUUCUUUCUGUGCAUACUGCAUACACACUUGGUUAAAGCGGAAGAAUGAAUGCCCGAAUUGCCGCGUGAAGACCACCUCACACAGUCGCUCCAUUGUCCUUGAUAACUACAUUGACAAGAUGAUUGAGAAGUUAGGAGACGAAGCCAAACAGAGACGAAAGGAGAUAGUUGAAGAGAGGAAGGGUGAGGAUCCAAACUACAGCACCAGGCCCAAUGCUGGUGUUACCACUGUCAAUUCUGUCCCUCUUGUCAUCUCUGAUGAGGAGGAUGAAGACGAAGAUGAAGAGGAUGAAGAAAUUGAGUACUACGACAGAUUUGAUCGGUUUGGUCGCCAUGGCAUGCGCCGGUACUAUCACACUUCCGACGAGGAGUUAGACUCAGAAAAUGAGGAUGAUGAUUACUACUAACAAGUACCUAAUCCUCACUUUUUAUUUCAAGAGAACUUUGAUGGAAUCAUAAAAAGGCAACCAUCUUUUUGCUGUUGCAUUUUAUUUAUAUGCACAAAAUUUUAAAGGUUAAACAAAAUUAUUUUCAUAUUUUGUCUGCCAAAGUGCCUCGAUAGAGAUUGAUGUCAAUUGUACACAGUCUUCUCUCUUCUCCCCAUUCCUGGAUCAUGUUUGUUCCCUAAGAAACUUUUCCCAUAGGUAAGAAGGUUCAUGGGUUUUUUUUAAAGGACAAUGCAAGGUCUUAACGGCUUGAGAAUUUGAUCUUUUGAAGCCAACAUUCAAUAAUUUUCCUGAUAAAUGUGCUUUGUAAAAUUUCAAAAUUCAGAUGAGGCAGUAAGAGCCAUAACUGCUCUCCAUCUUUGUGGUAAUUGUUUUCUUCUUUUGAAUCUCAUUGCUAAGAGCAGAUGUAUUAUUUACAAUAUCAAUACAUACCUGCUGAUCCAGAGAAAUGUAGAACAGUCAUUACUUUCAUUGAAUUUUUACCAUGUCAAUUCACAAACAUCUGGACUUGCUAGAGUACAUUUUCCAGCCUUGGCAAGUAUGUGCUGGAUGGGUUUCAUGAUUGUGAAAUAUAAUAAUCAACAUAUCAUUGAAUCAUUUUUUUUUCCAGAAGAUGAACUGGAAUAAGCACUUUAACAUAAAAUUUGCACAGACUUAUAACUCCCAUCAGAGCUUUAUUCAUUGAAUUUUAUAUCUAUGUAUCUGUCGUGACAAAAGACAUCCAUACAAAUGUUUUGAAAUUAAAUAUGAGAAUAGUUUAAUUUACAUGUAACUCCUUGGUGUUAUUUGCUGGUAUUACAAUAAUUGUAUUUUUUGGUUAUGAAUGAGCUUUAAGGGUGAAUUAUUUGUUGUGUAUCAAUCCCUUGCCUUGAUGUGAAAUAGUCAGUUUGCCAAUGUUUUCAUUAUUUGUAUCUUAAUGUACAAAUGCAAAUACUGUUCUCAAAUAAAGCCAGUAUCUU